CCCCCAGCUCGUGCGUGUCCAGGGACCCACGUUUUCUCGUGCUAGAGCCUAGCGUUCUGGCGUCCAGGCCCUUUGCACCAUUGCAAGUUGCUGAGUGUCUGCAUAGUUUGCAAGCUGGUGAGGCCUGUGUCACUCACUGCAAGAGGUGCUAGAAAUACCAGGGUCCAGUGUUUGGGAAGCUCAGGAACUUGGCAGAAUGGCUGAGACCUGCAAAAUGAAAUACACAGUGUUGGACAGCCCUUUGGGGAAGAUGGAGCUGUCUGGCUGUGAGCAGGGCCUGCAUGGGAUACGAUUCCUCCGCGGAAAGACCCCAAGCACUGACCCCACAGAGGCCCCAGCUAGUCCUGAGUUGCUCAGUGGGCCAGAGGGACAGCCAGAACCCCUGGUGCAGUGCACAGCCUGGCUGGAAGCCUAUUUCCAUGAACCUGCAGCCACAGAGGGGCUCCCCUUGCCCGCUCUCCAUCACCCUGUGUUCCAGCAAGAUUCAUUCACGAGACAGGUGUUAUGGAAGCUGCUGAAGGUUGUGAAAUUCGGAGAAAUGGUUUCUUACCAGCAAUUAGCAGCCCUGGCAGGCAACCCCAAAGCGGCUCGCGCAGUAGGAGGAGCAAUGAGGAGCAAUCCGGUCCCCAUCCUCAUCCCCUGCCACCGGGUGAUCUGCAGCGACGGCACCCUUGGCAAUUACUCUGGAGGAGGGCAGGCUGUGAAGGAGUGGCUUCUGGCCCACGAGGGCAUCCCAACUCGGCAGCCAACCUGCAAGGCCUUGGGUCUGACUGGGACCUGGCUCAGGCCGUCCCGUGGCUCCACCAGCUCCAAGCCAUCUGGCCGGAGAUGAGUGGCUGUUGGAGCGCCGCAUGGAUGUAAGGCGUGUCGAAGCGGAUGUGCGGUGGCGGUCCCACUAUAUUAAAAGAGCUAGAUGUGUCCUGGCA